AUGACAUCCUUCUUCACUUCGCCAGCAUCCAAGCCCUCUUUGAUUGACGGCACAGACUCGCUCAGCUUUGACAUUUUAGACCCGCCUGAGCCUUUCCCCCUUGCAAAUACUCCGUUUGACUUGGCUGCAAAAUUGUUGUGCCAGCAGACAUACGCAUAUCAGGCUCAGAUGGACCCCCACAAACACAAUCCGCCUGGUUCCUACAACCACGGCCCACCCCACAACCACGACAACAGCCCGGAAAACGGCUUUGUCGCCCCGGACCCUUUGCAUCGCCAGCUCCAUGCCCAAUUGCUUCGACAGAAUGCCCUGGACAUGCUGGGCUUAUGCGCACCUCCAAUGGAAUCCUUUGACCACCCGGUCCCCGAGGUGGGCAAUGUUCCCGAAUUUUUCAACAGCUCCAUGGACUGCUCGUUUAUUGAACUGAGCUUGACCGAGUCUCAAAUGGACUACGACCACUUUCUGGUGAUGGAAAAUGAGCUGUUUCGCCAGCAGCUGCUUCAGCAGCCUGUGCCCCAUAAACCGGCUUCUCUGCACCACCCUCCAGCCCACUCUACGCCUUCUUCAAGCACCCUGUCUAUUUUGACUCCGGUCUCUUCGGUGGCAGAGGACACCUGGGCCCAAUUUCCAGGCUUCCCCUCCAACAGCAGCAACAAUGGCGCUGCCAUUGGCCAAUUUGCAACCGCAUCUACACUGCGACAGCCCGAGAUCCACUCCUCCACGGCUCACUUUGGACCUGCUGCCCGCAAAUCUUUUAAAAACUCGGUCCGGCCGUUUGCCCGGACGCCUGAGCUGCCCAUGCGUCGCAUCAACUACCACUACCUCCAUGUUGCGACUACGAACAAAGCCGAAACUGCGCUAGGCUGGGCAUCGUUGCCCCAGAACCGCAGAUCGACCGCCUCGAGAACAUCUCUGGCAUCAACAAACCCCUCUUCUUCCCGUUCGGGCCUGAUGCUCCUGGAGCCUCACGAGGAAAGAUUUCAUGUCUCGCCAAGACAGCCUGCCACACAGAAAUCGAUUAUUGAAGAGUCCCACGAGCAUAAUGAGCCUCAGCCCGCUCCUCCCAAGAAGAAGCACAAGAGACGCCACACCCAGAAACGCUCCCGAAUGGGUUGCUGGAUAUGCCGCAUCAAGCACCUCAAGUGCGAUGAGACCAGGCCGGUUUGCAACCACUGCAAGCGCUUCGGCGUUGCCUGCGACUACAGCCCGGACAGGCCCGAUUAUGUUUCUGACAUGAGCCUCCGGCGCAAGAAACUCAAUGAGCUUGCAUCUCAAAGGCGCAGAAAGAGACGCUGA